AUGCUUUUUGAUGCUGCAUUUCAGCCGAUGUCCGAUAAAGAUGGAGUGAAAGAGAUGAACUUUGUCGCAUUUCUCGGAAUCCCAGUGGGGGAUGCUGGGAUUUACUAUGCCUACCACUAUCGUGGGAAGGUUCGAGUAGAAAGAUGUCCAUCCAUUCAGUGGACUAGACUGGGAGGAUCACAGUAUAACCUUGCCAAUAAUCCGUUGUUUGUGGAGAGCGGCGGGAAGAGUUUCUACGUCUACAAGUGUGCAAGGAUGCUGCUUGCAGAACAUAUUGGGAUUGCCACUGCGCUUUUCAAUACCUACGACGAAAGCAUAUACACCAUUCCCGAGCAAAUAGAUGAAUUCCAAGAUGUGCUUGAAAACUGGUUUUCUCAUUACGUGAAUGGGACUGUUCCAAGUUUGGACCCUGAGAAGGAGCUAUCCACACGCCAUUUUCCAGCAAUCCCGGAAUACUGGAUUUUGAAACUUCGCCUCACUUGGGUGCAUGUUAACGUGUAUCAGGAGACUGUGGAACUUCACGGCAGAAGCACCAAU